UGGUGUCGUUGUUUGAACGGUGUAAUCAAUGUUUCUGAAUAACAACAGAGACGCUGUCAGUAACAAUGUCUUUAUAAUUACUCCAUUCGGAUCCGAUGAUGCUUGCUGCUGUUCCGCUGACAACUCCUACCGCUCCUGUCAACACAACCUUACGCACGACUGACGCAUCCUAUCACGUACGAUUUCGAAGGAGGAGGAAUAGAGAUAUCGCCAUCUUGAGUGUGGCAAAGUCUGUCAGAUGUCUGUAAAAUCAGAAAGCACAUUGAGGUGGAUCACAGUAAUACGCUACUGGACUGUACUUCAUGGGCCACAUGGCAUGCAGGUACUUUAAGAAAUGGCUCAUUUGAAGCAGAGAAGCUCCCAGAUGAAGAUGUGAAGAAGAAGAAGAAGAAGAAGAAGAAGAAGAAGAAGAAGAAGAAGAAGAAGAAGAAGAAGAAAAAGAAUGCCUUUAUUUAUCCCCGGAGGGGAAAUUCACAAUUUUCCCUCUGUUAGUACAGUUGCACACACAUUGAACACAGGCCUUAAUUACAACUACACAUUACAAACCUAUACAUGCUAAACACACUAAUGGAGAGAUGUCUAAAGUGAGGGGGCUGCUCCUUGGAGGAACACCCUGAGCAGUUGGGGGUUCAGUGCCUUGCUCAAGAGCACCUUGGCAGUGCCCAGGAGGUGAACUGGCACCUCUCAAGCUGCAAGUCCACAUUCCGUACUUUGGUCCGUACGGGGACUUGAACCAGCGGUUUCUUUUCUCUGGGGAAAAUGUAAAAAGUUUAGUGGCCGGCCCUUGCCAGGAAGCUCAUUAAAGCCCUGUCAUCCUGAUGCUGACAGUGCGCUGAGGGUAAGCCAGGCCUGAAAGGGAAGUGCUGAGAGCCACAAGAGCCCCAACACCCCAGUGAUCGCAGUGCUAUUAUCCUGCCAAGGCUAAGCGGAACAUGAAAAGGAAAGCAAAACAACUUCAUCUGUCCCAUUCAGUGUAACCAAAAUGCUCCAACUCACUGUCAACUAUGUAGCCGGGCGGAGAGCCAACUCUGCUAUUCAGCUUUCUUGAUAUGUUUACCUUGUGUUCAAAUAAGGAACUGGUGUUUGCAUGCAAAUUCAAUUUCCAAAGCUGCUUUAGCAGAAGUCAAAUACAGACAUGAAGCAAUUUGAAAUACCCAUACUGUAUAAAUAUUACUUAUAACAUUAAAGCCUCAAGAUUACAGUAUAUUGAGGCUUAUGGUGCUCAGGUAAAGGUCCCCUGACUGAGGACUUGGCCAUGGAAGUGUUUUAUAAAAAAAAGCAUGGAUUAAAGUUAUUUUAUUUUGGCUGCAGGUGCUAGACCAACUAAUGUGGCAUGCUUUAAAUGCUGUAUGUAAGUCAUUGUUGCAGUCCCAUGCCUGGUGGCAAAAGAUGGUGUAAGUUGUAACCGACCCUGUUGUGAUAUCAGCAGUGCUGCCAGCCUUGUCAAACCGGUGUUGGGAGUCAGGAGAGCUGGCAGCAUUCACACCGCCAGGAGAAACCCACCUGUGUCGCCGCCUUUGGCUCUGUUGUUCCAACUCGUUCCAACAACCCCAGAGCCACAGUUUUCGUACCUAAUUGCGCACAUGGAAAGCAGGAGCAACUUUAGAUGAAACGGCACAUCAAGUGAAAACAGUAAAAACAAGAGUUUACUGCGUGAAAAAAAGGAGAUACAAUUCAGAAAGGAUGGCAACGAAUGGGAUCGAAACGAAAAACAACGCUGGAAAAAAGAGAUGAACAGUGAACUUUGAGUGGGGCUGGUACACGCCCUCCAACACACUGGUCGGUCCCAACGCCUUGUGAACACAGUCUGGUAGCGUUUCAGCACCUCAGGGCACAAUGAAUUGCCUGGGAAGUCAGCCUAAACUCAGCAGAUCUAAGGAAUAUGACCAGGAGGUUAUCCAAAUAAACCAAGAGAUCUUAGGUAUGGAGGGUGAUCCGGACCUCCAGUUCCUCCUGCAGGGGGGAGACCUCCUCAAGGUCCGCUCCUCGUCCUGGAAGAAGACCCGCUACUACAGACUCAUGGAGGACUGCGAGACCAUGUGGUACGAAUCGAAGAAACCCUUCAAGACGAACCAGAAAUUUUUACUCAAUGACAUCUCAGCAGUGCGAGUUGGCCGUCAGUCAGAGGGCCUGAAAAAGUACACAGAGGAGCAUGUGGAGUGUCGUUGCUUCUCUAUUGUGUUCAAGAGCCGCCGCAAGAACCUGGACCUCAUCGCCAGCUCAGAGGAGGAGGCCAAGCAGUGGACCAACAGCCUGCAGAAAAUGAUCUCCAACCUAAGCAACCUCAACAGCCAGCAGAAGACAGAGCAUUGGAUCUUCAGCUGCCUACAUAAAGCUGACAAGAACAGGGAUGACAAGCUGAGCAAAUCAGAGCUCAAGAACUUCCUGCAGCUGCUCAACAUCGAGAUGGAUGACGACUACACAGAGAUGCUCUUCGAGAAAUGUGACACAUCCAAAACUGGAUACCUGGCUGGAGAGGAGAUUGAACAUUUCUAUGACCUGUUGACCGAUCGGGAGGAAAUCGACGUGAUCUAUGGAGAGUACGCUAAAACGGCGGGCUUUAUGAGUCCUCAAAACCUGGUGGAUUUCCUGAUCAAAGAACAGAGAGAGGAAGCCACACUGGCUGAUGCACACGACAUUAUCCAGAAGAAUGAGCCAGAUGAAAAUGCCAAGGAGAAGAAGCUGCUGUCCAAAGAUGGCUUUCUCAUGUACAUCCACCAUCCAGAUGCCUUGGUCCUCAAUCCAGAUCACAGAGAGGUGUACCAGGACAUGAGCCAGCCCCUCAACCACUACUUCAUCUCGUCCUCGCACAACACCUACCUCACGGAGGAUCAGCUCAGGGGACCCAGCAGCACGGAGGCUUAUGUCAGGGCUCUGCUGAAGGGCUGCCGCUGUGUGGAGCUGGACUGCUGGGACGGACCAGAUGAUGAGCCAGAGAUCUACCACGGCUACACACUUACCUCCAAGAUCCUCUUCAAAGAUGUCAUCAAAGCCAUUAAGGAGUACGCUUUCAAGGCGUCCGAUUACCCAGUUAUCCUCUCCUUGGAGAACCACUGCAGUGUGAAGCAACAGGAAGUCAUGGCCCAGCACAUGAGCUCCAUCCUGGGCAGUGCUCUCAUCACUUCCCCCCUGGGAGAUGGCAUGCCCAUAAACUUUCCAUCUCCUGAGGAGCUGAAGGGGAAGUUCCUGAUCAAAGGGAAGAGGUUAAACAAACUGGAGGCCAGCUUUGCUCCUGAGGGGGAAGAAGAUGAUGACACGGACAUGACAGAGGAGGAAGAGGUUGAGAAUGAACAUGAGGAAGAGCAAAGAAAGAAGAAAAAGAAGCUGAAACUAGCGAAGGAGCUGUCUGACAUGGUGGUCUACUGUAGGAGCGUCCCCUUCAGCAGCUUUGAGGACGCAAGAGAAAACCUGAGCUUCUACGAGAUAUCGUCCUUCAGUGAGGGAAAGGCUAUGAAGCUGGCAGAGGAGUCAGCUAAUUCCUACAUCCGUCAUAACGUGGACAAGCUGAGCCGCGUCUAUCCAGCAGGCUCCAGGGCCGGCUCCUCCAACUACAACCCAGUGCCUCUGUGGAACGCUGGCUGCCAAAUCGUGGCCUUAAACUUCCAGACAACCUGCACAAACAUGGAUGUUAACCAGGGCAGAUUCCUGGUUAACGGAAAGAGCGGCUACAUCCUGAAACCGGCCUUCAUGAGGAACAUAGACACAGAGUUUGACCCCAUCACCCUGACCCGAGGAGACCGGCUGAAGCCCAAGACGCUCCAUGUCAUGGUUAUAUCCGCCCAGCAGCUCCCCAAAUUGAACCAGAAGGAAUCUUCCAUUGUGGACCCGCUGGUUAAAGUGGCGGUGUACGGAGUGCCGGCUGAUAAUGCUGAGAAAGAGACCAGCUAUGUUGAAAACAAUGGUUUUAACCCAGAAUGGAAUGAAAGCUUCCAGUUUGAUGUGUACGUGCCAGAGCUAGCACUGGUGCGCUUCACCGUUGAAGACUAUGACUCCGUGUCUGACAAUGACUUUGUUGGGCAGUACACACUUCCAUUCAACAGUUUAAAAAUGGGAUACAGACACGUGCCUCUGCUCAAUAGGAACGGAGACGUCCUCCCCUCAGCUGGACUCUUUGUACACAUCAUGGUCCUUGAUGCUGAGUAAGACGUCACCGACUGGCGUGUGCCUCUGAAGACACAAGGACCUCCAUUACACAGCCACAUUUCAGCUGUUUUUAAUUGUAUUUAUUUUAUUUGCUCUAUCGUUUUAGUUCAUGAUUAACUUAUUUUCUUAAUCCCAGUAGUUUGAGCAGCUAUUUUUAAAGUCAGAUAAAGAUGUAACAGACAGAAUUAAUGUAAUGGACCAAAUUUUUGUCAAAGGACCGAAAAAGAACUCCAUCUCCAUAACAGGGACUGUUAUACUAAUUUUUAAUUGGUUUGUAUGAGUUGCACUGGUCUUAUACCACGUUCAGUUUGCGAUGGCAUUGGAUUUUUUUUUUUUUUUUUUUAUAAGACAGCUUGUGUCCCUCAUUUUCUGGUCAGUUAACGUAUUGUCUAUUUAAAUCUCGUUAUUUUAACGACCAUUUCAUGAAUGGAGAAACGCAAGCCGACAUGAAAACAAAUGUGCUUUGUCUUUAUCAGUAAUUAAUUAGUCAUCAAGUAUGAUUAUUUUUCAUGUGACAUCAUCACGGCUACUUCUUUUUGUAAAUCAAGAUGAAGAUGAAAAGAUUUAAACAUGAA